ACGCAAGACAUACUUUCAGGUGAAAACGAUUGGCUCCGAAUGGGCAACGUGACGCCUGAGAAGCCGAUGAUACGGAGAGUUUGCGCACGCAGCUGGCGAUCAAGACGGCCAGGUUACAGAACAUAUUAUUGCUCUUCCUAGAAGAAUUUGGCAGCUUUAUUUAAGAACUACAGUACAUAUAUACCACUGAGUAAUGGACUGUGGAGAUGUCCCAGAACAGCACAUCUAAGUUGUGUCAGAGAAAAACCCAGCAAAUCUAUGAACACCGAUUACAGAUUUUGCCUCUUAAUUAUUCUGGGGCUCAGCUUGAACUGGAAGAAUGUAAGAUUCGAGUGGUGAAAAAUGCAGAAAUGACUAAUAAGCCAGUUUCCUUGUGGACAGUGGAUGAUGUAAGUGAAUGGAUUGAAAGUCGCUUUCCAGGUCACAGCUCUGGUUUUGUAGAAGCAAUUUAUGGGCAUGCUGUCUCAGGUGGAAAGUGAAUUUCGUCCUUUACUUGUAUUAUUUUUCUUGCCAGAAGUUAAGUUUCUCAUUUUAAAAAAAAAGAUGGCUGUAAAAGGACGUGCUUUGUUGAGAUUGACUGAAGGAAAGUUGGAACAAAUGGGCAUUGAUGAGGAGAACCACCGUCACUCUCUGCUUGAGGAAAUAUUACAACUGCGCAUUCAAGAUGAUGUAGAAAGUCUUACUAGCAUCUUCGAAGUCAUUGAGAAGAACAUGACAGCUUACACUGGAUGAAUUUCUCCGUUGAUAACUAUUAAGAACUAAUACUGAGUCUAAUAGUUCUGUAGUAAUAUUAGUAGUGUUCUGAUUUGUUCUGUAUUUCAUUUAAAUGCAUUGUUCGUUGCUCAGUUAAACUUUAGUUUGUCUCUUUUAUAACUUUUUAUUUCCAUGAAACUUCAGCUAAUUGGGACAGCCACUUAAUUGGUUCAAAAUGUAUUGGUCCUGAUGUGUCGCAAUUAACUGGAAUCUACUGUAUACAUUUAAAAAAUACUGCAUCCAAUUUGUGUCCCUCUCACCAACAAAGAAAAUUAUUCUUACAAAUGUCAUACUUUUAGCAUGUAAUUAAGGGCCUUGAGAGGAAGCCUGAAUGCAUUAAAAAUGGGGGUGUAUGGGCCCACUUUUGAUGGACCCAACAUUUGGGAGGUACACCUAGUCAGAGAAUUUUAUUUGGAAUUAAAUGUGUGCUCAAGAUGGUGCCAGGCUGCAACCUCCAUUGAAGUUGUGGCUCAGUUUUAGUUGUUUAUGGUCGGGAUUACUUUUGGGUUCAUGCAAAUAAUUUUAUGGACAGAAGGGUGGUCAGCUGUCAGGUUACGGUACAAGGAACAGGGAGUCUUAAGUCUCCACUCCACAUUCGACAGUCAGUGAUACGGACUUGGAAUAUCCGUGGUCCACAUGUUGGGCCUACAAACUGUCAUGCACAAAGGCUGGACUCUGCCAUGAACUGUGAGUUGUUUGUGGGUUCCACAUUCUAUGUCUGUGCGUUGCAGAGCCAGUGUUCAUGUGGGCAGGAGGAGCGAGGUCUGAUGACGCCUCUGAAUUUGUGAAUCAGUGAGACAGGUGUUCAGGACCUGGUGUUCGGUGUGCCACCGUUGGUGAGCAUGGGGUUCAAGGCCUGGUGUUUAGGCCCUGUGGGCAACCUGGAGGAUCAAAUCACAAGUCUGUGGAAAUCAUUGUCUUUGGCCCAAUGUCUUUGUGUCCAAGUCCCAGUCGGAGACUGCUGGAGGCCGAAGAUGGACUGUCUUGGGGUUAGAAGACUAUGUAUGUGCAAGGGUGGGAAGGAGGAAUGGGGCUUGUGUAGUUGUUAUUUUGCUGCUUAUCGUGUUCUGUUUUGUUGUGGUCUGUAUUGUUCUGCCAAGCAGUGUGAGCAUGCUCUGAUGUCAUUGGAAUGCUCGAUGACACUUGUGAGCUUUCUCCAGCACACCCUUUCUUUUAACAAAAUGUCUUUGUUACAAGUUCAAUGCUACAGUAUAUACAAACCAGUGCCUAACACAACCUCUAGACAAAUGACAUUUAAACGAAAAUCUUUCCAUCUCUGCCCUAACCCGCCCCCACCCCAGUGCCCAGCAGUCCUGGAACGUCUCUAUGGUUGCUGAGGACAGCGCCUGUUCCCUCUCAAUGGUUACCCAGGCACGGACAUACCCCCUAAACAUUGCCAGGCAGUGUACAAGCUAAGGAACUUGCUACAGGGCACUGCUCUAUGCAGCAACCUCCACCCAAGAUCCCCAAGGUGCAUGGGAAAAACUCCUUUGAAAAUGGACUUCCAUCAAUGUUAUGCGUUUGGGAGGUUAUAUAUUUUUAUUAUUAUAUAUCUGAAUGUCUAUUUAAAAUAUUAAUUAUGUACUCUCAAACACUUUGUAUUCAUGUUUCAUUUAUGUUUGUUUAAAAUUAAUAAAAAGAUUUAAAAAGAAAAAAACAAGAAAGAAAAUGGACUUCCAUUGGGGACACUCCUCACCUCAGGUGGAGAUACAGUCUGCCAUGUUGUGUCAGGAUGGUGGAUAAGGGCUAGGAAGUGGAGGGUGUGGAGCAGCAGCCCAUACAGAUAACUCCUACUUGCAUCCCUGAAUGGGAUUGUGUGUGUUAAUGGGCGAUGGCUCUCGGAUAAGAUUGUGGGGCCUGGGCCCAGCAAGGAGUUCCAACGGAGCCCAACUGGAGUCAUUCCAUACACCUGAACCGCACUGACAUCUGCUGAGGUAGGGCAAGGGUUGGCCAGGACUCUGCCCUCAGAGGAGGUCCUGAUACAAACCGGGCAGACUUCGCAAAGCAGCACGGCUGAUGCCCGCUGGUGGUAGCCGCAUAUCUUCGUGAAGACAGCAGCCCCUUUGGAAACAGUAUGUCGCUAACAUGUGCCACCUGGGAGGGUGCUCAGCAUAGAGGAAUCUCUGCAGGGUCCUGGGGCAGAGAGCUGCCAGUCACGUACAGACACACACCAGCAACUGUCUGCCCUCUCCCAUUGAGAGACUCAAGACCCUUGGGGAGAUCCAGUGUUUCCUGUUACCCCAGAAGAAGCCCACUAGCUUCCUCUGCAUUCUCGCAACAGAGGGGGCAAGUGGGGUGAAGGUGAGCGUGCAGUACCACAACAUGGGGGCCACCAGCUGGUUUAUGACCACCACCCUGCCUUGAUAGGAAAGCACCCUGAGAACGCCUGAUCAGCACCCUAGCCGGGCCAUGACUUUUGUCUCCAGUUCCUGCCAGUUCGCCAGCCAGGUCUCCCCAGAAGGACUCAGGUGGACUCCCAGAUAGAGAAGAUGUUUCGUGCUCCACUCGAAAGCUUUCAUCUCCUCUGGCAGGGAGUCUACCUGCCACUGAGCCACUAAGAGUCUGUUACAUUUUGCCCAGUUGAUCCUAGCAGAGUACACUGCUGAAAAAACUUCCUGGCACUCCCGGGUCACUUAUGCACGUCAUCGGUGUAGACCAAGAGGACGACGUCCAUGUCUGGUUCGUGCAGAACCAAACCAGUCUGCCUCCACCGGAGAAGGCACAGGAAUGGUUCUACACAGAUCGCAUUCAACUGGUCAGACAUGGGACAUCCUUGACGUCAAUCUCUUCUAAAGGGAAUGGAUGCUGUCAAUGAUCCAUUGACCUUAACAAGGCACUCAGUGGCACUCCUUGAGUGUGUUGGUUGUAAACACAAGUAACGUAUUUCACUGUUUGUUUUGAUGUUCACAUUAUAAAUAAACUUGAAACCUGAAUUUGUGAAAGUACAGAUAAUUAAACCCUAUGACAGGUUUAUAAUGAAGGGUGUAGUUCCAAAAUAUUCUCAUGUCACUUUCAAUGUAUCCAAGCUGUGUUUGCAAGUCGAGUUGUCUGCAAAUUAAAUAGAACUUCAA